AUGGCACACCGUGUCGGCACCAUCGUGAAGAGGCUCCGUCUGGUACGCCGCUGGUCAGCCGGUGGUAUGGUCAUCGAAUCGGCAUCGCUGACACGCGCCCAUCUGGUGCACCGUAGGAGACCGCGGGCUUACGGCAAUGUCGUAAGCCAUUGGCAAAUUCGAGUCGUUCUUCCACUGCCAAGAAAAUCUCGUGACCCACAGUGUAGUUCGGCUGCGCCGGCACAUCAAGCAGCCCUAUUUACGGACGGACACUGCUGCUCUUCGGAGGGGACCUGGGAAAGCUGGCCUAAAAAUUGCUGGGGAACCACGUCGACUGCUGGCUGACCGUUGUCGCAGACGUAAAACGCACGGUCGAAACAACCAAAAUCGAAAUAUCAACAACAACACUACUCACUCUCCUCAUUCUACCUCUUCUUCCUUUUCCAGUCUAUACUUCUGCCUAUUCUUCUCGUUCGCCAUCUUCUUCUCCACCUCCUUCACGCCGACCCACUCGUGGCCAGACUGGCAGGGUGAGUCCGCUCAAUCUGUCAGCCUGGAAUGUUCGUUCCCUUUCAGACAAUCAGAAGCCCAACCGACCGAAACGGAGGACGGCGCUAGUGGCCCGGGAACUGACGCGCUACAAGGUGGACAUCGCCGCACUCAGCAAGACUUGAUUCUCCGAACAAGAUCAAUUGGAGGAGGUGGGUGUCGGUAGCACCUUCUUCUUGAGCGGUCGCCCCAGGGCAGAGCGACGAGACGCGGGCGUCGCCUUCGCCAUUCGGAACGACAUCGUAGGACGACUGCCCUGUCUGCCGCAGGGCAUCAACGAUCGCCUGAUGAGCCUACGCCUGCCUCUCCGAGGUGGGGGCAAAUUCGCCACUAUCAUCAGCGCCUACGCUCCGACGAUGACGAACCCCGACGCCGUCAGAGACAAAUUCUACGAGGACCUGCACGCCCUCUUGGCGACUAUUUCGAAGUCGGACAAGUUGACUGUCCUUGGUGACUUCAACGCCCGCGUCGGCACAGACCAUACUGCCUGGAGGGGAGUGCUGGGUUCCCAUGGUCUCCGCGGCUCAAACGACAAUGUCCUGCUGCUCCUCCGCACCUGCGCAGAACACCGCCUCAUCCUGACUACCACGUUCUUCUGUGUGUCGGAGCGAGAGCAGGCCACCUGGAGGCAUCCUCGGUCGCGUCAGUGGCACCUGCUGGAAUAUGUCCUCGUCCGGAGGCGAGAUCAGCGGAACGUGCUGGUGACAAAGGCGAUUGCGGGCGCUGACGGGUGUACCCACCAUCGCCUCGUCAUCUCGAAGAUGCGUAUUCGCUUACAGCCUCGUAGGAGGUCACAACGAAAGCGACCCCCAGGUAAGCUGAAUGUUGUCUUGUUGUAUUUGCCCGCUCACCAUCUUUAUUUCAGCAAUGAGCUAGCUCAAAGGCUAGACAACCUUCCUAUCGCUGUCGAGAACGCCUCCGUGUAGAACCGCUGGUGUCAACUGCGAGACUUGGUCCAGUCUACGGCGCUCGCCAUCCUCGGUCGCGCUCCCCGCCAACACCAGGACUGGUUCGACGACAACGACGCCGCCAUCAGAAAUCUGCUUGCUGAGAAGAACCGCCUACACAAAGCAUACGUAGACCACCCCACUGACGACAACAAAGCUGCUUUUUACCGCAGUCGCCGCCACCUUCAGCAACGACUGCACGAGAUGCAGAACGCGUAGACUGCUCGCAAAGCUGAGGAGAUCCAGGGGUACGCGGACCGAAACGAAUGGAAGAACUUCUUCUCGGCAAUCAAACCUGUCUACGGUCCGCCGACGAAGGGCACUGAUCCUCUCCUCAGCGCCGACGACAGAACCCUCCUGAUUGAGAAGACACAAAUUCUGCAGAGAUGGGCCGAGCAUUUCCGAGGCGUCCCCCAUCGCCCUUCCGUCAUCUCCGACGCCGCCAUCGAGCGUUUGCCGCAAGUGGAGACCAAAGUUGCCUCGAUCUCCCGCCAUCUCUCCAGGAGACCAUCAGGGCCCUGCAGCAGCUCGCUAGCGGGAAAGCCCCCGGAUGGGACACAAUCCCUGCUGAGGUCUACACGCACGGAGGUCCCCAACUGAUGGAUCACCUGACUGCGCUCUUCCAGGAGAUGUGGCGUCAAGGUGAAGUCCAGCAAGAUUUCAGAGACGCAACUGUCGUGCCUCUCUACAAGCGAAAAGGGAAUCGCCAUGUCUGCGACAAUCACCGCUGAACAUCGCCGGGAAGAUUUCGCCCGCAUCCUUCACAACCGCCUCAAUAAUCAUCUGGUACAGGGUCUAGUGCCGGAAAGCUAAGGCGGCUUCCGUCGUCAUCGCGGGACCACGGAUAUGAUCUUUUCCGCAUGUCAACUUCAGGAGAAGUGUCAGGAGAUGCGGACCCACCUGUACUCUACCUUCGUGGACCUGACGAAAGCCUUCGACACUGUGAAUCGUGAAGGACUGUGGAAGAUCAUGCAGAAAUUCGGCUGUCCGGAGCGAUUCACUCAGAUGGUGCGUCAGCUGCACGACGGUAUGAUGGCGCGAGUCACAGACAACGGAGCUGUCUCAGAGGCAUUCGCAGUGACCAAUGGAGUGAAGCAGAGCUGCGUACUGGCGCCUACCUUCUUCAAUCUUAUGUUCUCUGCCAUGCUGAUGGACGCCUACCGCGACGAACGCCCCGGCAUCCGCAUCGCCUACAGGACGGACGGCCAUCUUCUGAAUCAACGGCGGAUGCACUUCCAAUCGCGCGUAUCCACAACCACCGUUCACGAACUUCUCUUCGCCGAUGACUGCGCUCUGAACACAAUCUCGGAAGAGGAGAUGCAACGGUGCAUGGACCUGUUCUCCGCCGCCUGA